AUGUGUUUGAUUGAAACGCGGCAGCAUAAACGGGAUUGUAUACAAAUUGCCGAUGACAAAGAAUUCCCUUUGAAGCUUAGGGGAAAAAUAACGGACAAGGAAUUUUUUCAAGCCACUACAUGGUCAAAGACACAAUUUCUAACAGAGGUUUCAAAUAAUCACUUUUUUGGUUUUAUGAAAUGCCUUAAGGAGUUAUAUUCGGACUUGGAAUUGGAAUUUUUUUAUUUACCGCCUACAAGUAUGUGCAUAG